AUGGAUGCGGAAGGCUGGUGGCGUUUUGUACCGACAGCAAUGUCAGAAGGCUAUGCCAAAAAACAUGUUUCUCAAGAGACUGCCUUACAAAUCAAACAAGUAGAUUAUAUUCAUUUUAUAAUACAAUUAUUAUCGAAGGCUGAGAGAAUAAAAAAUUUUCUGGAAAUUGUUAAAAGUAAUAUUGUAGCAGUGCCGCCUGCAGGCAGCUGUCGUGAUGAGCAUGCCGAUUGCCCAAAGUAUCGCAAUCUUUGCAAUAUUGGUGAUUAUGCAACUCAUAUGCGAGUUAAAUGUCGGAUGACUUGUAGUUUGUGCUGA